AUGCAGAAGCCAUUCGUUCUCGAUUCAAUUGCUAUUAAUAAACAGUUCUCGUCAAUUUACCGUGGAUUUUGGCUUGAUACCAAGGCUGACUGCCCAGCGUCGAUCGCGCAAAGCGACCUACCGACCAUCAACGAACAAGGCCCGGUAGGCUGCCGCUCUCACCCGUUCAGUAGUCCACUAGGAAGGUACCCUGGCCGCAAGUAUCUGCCAGCCAUGUGGCCCUCUGCUCGACUCAUAUCUGUUGAUUGGGACCCGGAAGAGAAUAAUAAGGAAGACGGGUGGUGGGACUGCAAAGCAGGAGAAACAGACGCCACGGCUGAGCUGUUUGCGACGGAGAGGAAGAGCGGCGGGCAGGAACUGAACCGCGCAUCCAGGCCCGCUUUCGAUAUGGCGCUUGCAGCCAGCCAAAGACGAGCACGGAGAGAGACCGAGCGAUUGUUAGAUGAGCGCUGUGCUAGCCUGAGUUUCCUGGGGCGUGUCAGACAUACGGACGGAUCCGGAAAGGACGGUCAACGAAGAAUUGCCACACGAUUGCGCGCGGGGUACGCGAUCACUAUAGCAGUAUCUUUCAUCAGAGUCGAAGAAAGAGUCGUCGUUGGUCGCGCGCACUGGUAUGUAACAGCAAGGCUGCCAGGACCACACUUGGCACGCGAAAGGGAGACGGGCCGCGAGAGGAGCGGGCCGUCAAGCCACCCUUGCACUGUGUUCCGCAACACUCCACAGCCGGCUCAGGGGCUUUCCUCCCCCCGUCGCUUGUAUUGGCCUGAACUCUUAGCGUCCUUUGGCGAAACGCUGCACUUGUUUGCAUGCAAGCUUCCAAGAUCAUGGGAGACGCAACAAACACUGGACACAUUGCGGCGUGAACACAGCGAGAGACCCAGCAUUAUAUCCAUGGCGUACAGCUGCAAGCAUCUUCCGACCUCUACCUCGCACCUCCCAACGAUCCCAACGAUGCCCGUCAAGAUCUCGCCGUCCCCGCUGUUGUUUCAAUGGCCGACGGAAUAG